AGGACAGCGCCCAGCAGCCGCUUCCACAGGCCUGGGUCUGGCGUGGGAAGAUGGUAGCUCUGGGGGUCCUGGCAGGCUUCUGGGUCCCCAGUCUGCUCACUUAUGGUUACUUGUGCUGGGGACAGGGCUUAGAGGAAGAGGAAGGGCCCCAGGGAGCUCAUGUUGGAGAGAGAGCCGAGGCCAGUACAACCGCCACCUCUCAGCCCCAUCUCAUUUUCAUUUUAGCGGAUGAUCAGGGAUUUAGAGAUGUGGGUUAUCAUGGAUCCGAGAUAAAGACGCCCACUCUUGACAAACUCGCAGCUGAAGGAGUCAAACUGGAGAACUACUAUGUCCAGCCCAUUUGCACACCAUCCAGGAGCCAAUUUAUUACUGGAAAGUAUCAGAUACACACAGGACUUCAGCACUCUAUCAUCAGACCUACCCAACCCAACUGCCUACCUCUGGACAAGGCAACCCUGCCUCAGAAGCUGAAGGAGGUCGGCUACUCCACUCAUAUGGUUGGGAAAUGGCACUUGGGCUUUUACAGAAAGGAGUGCAUGCCCACCAAGAGAGGAUUUGACACUUUUUUUGGCUCCCUUUUGGGAAGCGGUGACUAUUAUACACACUACAAAUGUGACAGUCCUGGGAUGUGUGGCUAUGACUUGUAUGAAAACGACAAUGCUGCCUGGGACUACGACAAUGGCAUAUACUCAACACAGAUGUACACUCAGAGAGCACAGCAAAUCUUAGCUUCGCAUGACCCCACAAAGCCCGUGUUCUUAUAUAUUGCUUAUCAGGCGGUUCACUCACCAUUGCAAGCCCCUGGCAGGUAUUUUGAACAAUACCGAUCCAUUAUCAACAUCAACAGGCGGAGAUAUGCUGCCAUGCUCUCCUGCUUGGAUGAAGCCAUCAACAAUGUGACCCUGGCUCUGAAGAAGUAUGGUUUCUAUAACAACAGCAUUAUCAUCUACUCUUCAGAUAACGGUGGCCAGCCCACAGCUGGAGGAAGCAACUGGCCUCUCAGAGGUAGCAAAGGAACGUACUGGGAAGGAGGGAUCCGGGCAGUUGGCUUUGUGCAUAGUCCACUUCUGAAAAACAAGGGAACAGUAUGUAAGGAACUUGUGCACAUCACUGACUGGUACCCCACCUUGAUUUCACUGGCUGAAGGGCAAAUCGAUGAAGACAUUCAGCUAGAUGGAUAUGACGUCUGGGAGACCAUCAGUGAAGGUCUUCGUUCACCCCGAGUGGAUAUUUUGCACAAUAUUGACCCUAUUUACACCAAGGCAAAAAAUGGCUCCUGGGCAACAGGCUAUGGAAUCUGGAACACUGCAAUCCAGUCAGCCAUCAGGGUGCAGCACUGGAAGCUGCUCACGGGAAAUCCGGGCUACAGUGACUGGGUUCCACCUCAGUCUUUCAGCAAUCUGGGUCCAAACCGAUGGCAUAAUGAGAGGAUCACCUUGUCAACGGGCAAAAGUAUUUGGCUUUUCAACAUCACGGCUGACCCGUACGAAAGAGUGGACCUCUCCAGCAGGUACCCAGGGAUUGUGAAGAAGCUGCUCCGGAGGCUGUCUCAGUUCAACAAGACUGCAGUGCCUGUCAGGUACCCCCCUAAAGAUCCCAGAAGUAACCCUGGGCUCAAUGGAGGCGUCUGGGGACCGUGGUAUAAAGAGGAGAAGAAGAAGAAGAAGAAGAAGACGAGCAAAACGAAGGAGAAAAAGAAAAAGAAAACUAAAGCGAAUAGCAGGACACAGCCACGCAUACGUUCAUCAGCAAAUUGCCACUCAGAUGCUUCCAGUGGCAAGUCUUUCUGAUUUGGUGAAAUCAAACCAGAUUUCUCCAGGUAAAUCAGAAAAUCUGGAUCGUAACUAUCACUGCGCUCAGCCUUAUUUUCUUACGACUACGUGCCAGAGGCAUCUGGCCUCCAAGUGGAAAAAGAUCCUGCUUGGUGGAGAAUGGAGGUGUUUACUUCUCUCCAUCUUUUAUAAGCAGAAGUUAAUCCUGAGUCAACUGCUUGAGUCAGUUGAUGGAACUCUACACUUUAAAUCAUAGGAAGGGCCUGUAAUGGACAAGCAUGCUACUCUGAAAUUACAGGAUAACAUGAUUAAAAACUACUUUUGACAUAGUUGAAUCCAGCAUGUGUCACCUCAAAGGCCUGGAGACAUACACUUUCUAACUGAAUUUUUUUUUUAUCUGUAUCGUACUAAACUGGGGUCUUAAUUCUAUUUCAUGUGUUGAUUCCUCUUUUGUGAAAAUAAGCUGUUUCAGGUAAACAGCUUGCACCUCAU